CGAUUUAUAAAUAUAAACUACAUUUUUUGCGUCAUUUUAAAUUUAGAUUUCAAUGAUAAUUAACCAUGUGUUUUACUGGUUUGUGUUCGUUGGUUUGUGUUCGUAAUUUUUAAGUUAAUUCCAUUUGGGUUAAUGACAACUUAAACAAAUGAACGAAUGUCCCUGUUGCAAACGUCAUUGUCAAAAAUAUCUAACCUUCAAACGAUAGCAUUACGAAAAUAGUUGUAAAACCGAAUAGCCAGUUUAAAAACGAUCAAUAUGGAUAAUACUGAGGACGACAAUUAGACCCGUACCAAUUCCAAACAUCCGAGACACACAAAUCAAUAAAUCACAAUGACUCAAGCUCUCCUCAACCGAUGCAGAAUGCAGUCUUUUAGCCUAUUUCCGUUAUUGAAACCUCCGAAAAUGCCACCAGUCACGCAUUUUCACACAACCCCCAUCCCCCAUCGCAAAUCCCUCUACAAGACUGAGUCGAAGAAAAUCCGCUUCUUCGUAGUCCACCGUUACCUCGAAUAUUUAAAAAACUACGACAAAGUCUUGGAGCGUAGUUUUCCGGGGGCCAUGCGAGUCUACCGCGUUUUCACGGUGGGAAUAAAAGACUUCGCCCGAGACUUGAAAGACUACUUCAGAAUAGUUCGAAUUCUAAAUUCACCCACUAAAGGCAAAUUCAAGAGUCUGACACGUCGCGAGAUUGAACUGUACCACCAAAUGCCCAAAGACAUGCUAAAAGUGGCCCCGGUUUUGUUGAUUUCGGCUCUACCCUUGGCGAAUUAUGUUAUUUUCCCCUUGGCGUACUUGUUCCCGAGGGUGUUCCUCUCGCGACACUUUUGGAACUUGCAGCAGAGAGCCGAGUUCAAUAUUCUCGACCUGCGGUCGCGUUUGGUGAACAAUAGGCCGCUUUUUCGGUGCGUCCAAGCCGAGUUAGAUAAGAUAAGGGGGCACAGGUUGUUCUGCAAGUGGGCCGAGGUUCUGGGUAUGAUGGGCAGUGGUGUUCAACCCAAAGUUGAGCAGAUUUUAGAGUGCAAAGAUUUGUUUACGUGUGAGCCUUACCACCUGUUUUAUUUAAAAGGAAAACAUGUGAAACACUUAUUGAGAAUUCAUGACCUCCAUAUGGGGUGGUUCAGGCGCUCGCGUCUUAUUGAAAGAGCUGUGAUACUACAAGAAAUGGACAAAGCCAUAAUCAGGGAAGGAGGGGUCCAUAACAUGCCUCAAGAUGCUUUAAAAAACGCUUGUUACAUCAGAGGACUCAAUCCAAUGAAUAUGCGAAACGAAGACAUGAUAGAUUGGUUAAAUAAUUGGAUUAAAAUUUCCAAUGUUGUAGAUAGAGAAAGUUGGUCACUUCUUUUGCACUGUCCGAUUUUAUUGGCUUACAAUGAGCCCUCAAAUUGGACAUUAAUUUAUAAAACCAAGUGACCUGGUUUUUAUUUUUUUGUGAUAAAGUACCAAAUGUUUAAUUUUGUAUUAAAAUAAUGACAAGGGUUGAAAAUAAAACCGUUUGUUGCUUUA